AUGACGAGAGGCGGGCUCCUCCCCGCGCUGGUGCUGCUGCCGCUGCUGUCGCUGCCGCUGGGGCGGGUGGGCGCCGGCGCCCCCUGGGAGCAGAGCGCGUGGCACUGCAGCUUCUCGGGCGCGUGCGAGUGCGACUUCCGGCCGGACCUGAGCGGUCUUGAAUGUGACUUGGCCAUUAAUCUGGUUGGGCAGCAUCUAGCGAGAGAACUUGUGAUGAAGGGGCUGAAGGCCUUUGUGCACAACCACAACCCCGAGAAGCCCCUCGUGUUCUCCUUCCACGGCUGGACCGGCACAGGCAAAACCUACGUCAGCUCUCUGGUGAUUCACUACCUCUUCCACUCCGGAUCCCACAGCUCGUACGUCCACCACUUCUCCCCGGUGCUCCACUUCCCUCACGCUGAACAAAUUGAGCAAUACAAGGACAAUCUGAAGAACUGGAUCCAGGGCAAUUUGACGCGCUGUGGCCGCUCCUUGUUUCUCUUUGAUGAGAUGGACAAGAUGCAUCCGGGCUUGAUCGACGUGAUCAUCCCGUUCCUGGGCCCUUCCUGGGUCGUGUUUGGAACCAACUACAGGAAAGCGAUCUUCAUUUUUAUUAGUAAUGCUGGUGGGGAGCAGAUUAACCAAAUGACCCUCAACCUCUGGCGAGCCCGCAAAGACCGAGAGGAGAUCAGCUUUAAGGAUCUGGAAGCGUCUAUUUUGGAAGCUGUCUUUGAGAAUCCCCAGAGCGGGUUCUGGAAGUCUGGUAUCAUUGAGCAACAGCUGAUCGACUACCUGGUGCCCUUCCUCCCCCUGAAGCAGCACCACGUGAAACAGUGUGUGAGGAAUGAGCUCGCCAGCCGAGGCCUGCAGCCUCAGCCAGAGGUCGUCCAGGCGGUUGCCGAGAGCAUUCCCUACUUCCCGGAAGAGGAGAAAGUGUUCUCGUUGACCGGCUGCAAAACGGUGGCCUCCCGUGUCCCCUUUUUCCUCUGACGACCCGACAGCAUUGCUGCUAGGAGCCUGGCCGCUCCUCUGCGGAGACUCCACUUCACUCAAUCUGCUGGCGUCGGGCAGCUGGCGGAUUUUGAACGUCGGGUGCAAAGACGGUCUCUCUGCUCGCCCGGAUUUGGCUUAGAACCAAAGAGGAGAUUUUCUGAGGUGCGGGCCCAAGGAGGAACGCCGACCUGAAACUGAGCCAGCCCUUGAUCCAAGUUUAUAAUUUGUCCUAAGCCAUGUGCUCAGUUCAAAGGAGAGGAAGCCGUGCUGUGCUUGGGGACGGAAAUCUUGUCUCUUUCAUAAAGUGGUUUUAUAGACUUUUUUCCCCCCGCUACCACAUUUUGAUUCCUUAAUAUAGCACAAUUGAAUUAAUGUCCUUGGGACUCUAAACUCUUGCCUCUUGUUUCUUAAAUAGCAUUUUAAAAGCACGCUGCCAUGUUGUAUCAGGGUGUUGGAAGCUGGAAUCCUACCUUGGGCCUCUUUAAAUAGACAGUUUGAACCA